CACAUAAAGCUAAUUUAAACAUCAACUUGACAUACCUCAACUUACUUUUAAAGUUUUUACGUAAAUUUUUCAAUGAAUUUAUAUAAUAUACAUUACGCCUACAUCUAAUUAAUGCCCUAAAACUCAUCUCGACCACUUGGAGUUGUAUUUUCUGUGAUUUUUUCGAGAAAUAAUACCCAAGAAUGACGUGGACAUAGAUAAGUAAGGUUAUGUACUUGCCAAACUAGAAUACUUUUCCUUGUUAAUCUCUCGCAACCAGCAAAAAUGUUUUACGAUAUAACAGACACGCAAAAAAUUGGUGUUGGGUUGGCAGGUUUUGGGAUGUUUUUCAUAUUCCUUGGGGUGUUGUUGAUAUUUGAUAAAAGUUUACUGGCGUUGGGCAACAUAUUGUUUAUUGCAGGAUUAGCUUGCGUCAUAGGUUUGGAACGAACCUUUAGGUUCUUCUUUCAGCGGCACAAAGUAAAAGCUUCUGUCGCAUUCUUCGGAGGAAUAAUCAUAGUUUUAGUUGGUUGGCCUCUCAUUGGCAUGAUCUUUGAAUCUUAUGGCUUUUUCUUAUUAUUUAGUGGAUUUUUACCUGUCGCUGUUAACUUCUUAAGGAGGGUACCAAUUUUAGGAACAAUACUCAAUUUUCCAGGAAUCAGUGCUAUUUUAGAUAAAUUAACAGGAGAUUCUAGUAGAACAAGAGUGUGACAAGAUACCGUAUGUGUACAAAUAGAAGUGUAGCUAGUUAAUUAUUGGUUAUAUUUGUUGUAAAUGGUCAUCAAAAUCGA